AUGGCUGGAUCAUUUAUUUUAACUGAAGGAAAUGAAUUAGCAAUAGCUUAUUUCAAUCGAGCAGAAUAUGCUAUUGCAAUUGUUGAUGAUGCUGGCUUCAUAUAUACUUUUUCUUAUCCAAAAACGAAAUUUGGCAGCAAAAUGGCUGGAUCAUUUAUUUUCACUGAAGAAAAUGAAUUAGCAGCAGCAUAUCUCAAUCGUGCCCAACAUGCCAAUGCAAUUGUAGACGAUGCUGGUUUUUAUUAUGACAAAAGCAUCAAGUUAUCAGACAAGAAACGUGCUGAUUUGUUUGUAGAUAAUGGUGAAUAUGUUAUAGUCAAGAGUGAAAAAUGUCUUGAAACAAUUUGUAUUGUUCGUGGCGAUAACACAUGUCUCAAUGAUCGUAUUCGACUAAAUACCGUUGUAACAGACAAUUUACGUGUAUAUUCUCGUGAUUUUGUUACAAUUCAUAAGUGUGGAAAUGUUCCAGAUGGUAGCCAUAUAUAUGUUUUACCGAUUGGUUAUUCUGAACACGGAUCAAGUAGUUGA